UGUCAGUCAUCUUUAUUUCUCCUACUGUAACAUCCAUAGGUACCUUAGUACCUAGUAUUUAAACUUAUUCCCCCUUAGUACGCGUCGUUUGUCUGCCUACCUUACUAUUACAAAACUUUACUGCUUUCCCCCUAUUUCAAACCACAAGAAUAAACUCGUUUUAUUCUGAAUUGGCAACUACUUAAUCAUCGUACCGACAAUGAGUCGGGUUGCUGUCAAGAUGGAUACCGAUACUACCCCCGUCACUGGCGUCGAAGAGCUAGACAAACAUCUGGAUGAGCUAUUGGAAGAUCCAAGCCUACCGCCAAACCCGAAGUUAUUCGACGAUGUAGAGCUUCAGCUGACUGAGGCUAACACUCCGCCUCUAAUUCCACGUCUGCUACCCAAGAUCACCGACAUUCUAAAAAAGUACGAGCAAGACCCGGCCCAUCUGUGUAGCUUAGCCAUCAAGCUUCUCGGUCCCGUAAACUUCACUCAAGUGCUAUCCCUAGCUUCUGAGGAUGCCAUCAUCCAAGCCUUGAGAUCGACUGCUCCUUCCGCCAACAUCCUUGCCAUGACCGUUCUUGAAAAGGCCGCCAACUCACCUGCCGACGCUGCUAUCUUGGCUAUGAUGAACAACGUUAUCACCAACUUCUUGACCCAGUGGUUGAGUGCCCCGCAGGUUGAAGUCGGUGAGAAGGGCGGCAAAGUGUUGGGCGAUCUUUUGGAUGUUGAUUCCGACUCUCGGCCGCCAGAUGGCUUGUCGGUGAACGGCACUGAGAUCGUUGUCAAGAAGCCCAUCGGCCAAGGCUUGAUGUGGCGCAGGAUUUUCCAUGAUCACGACAUAUACGAUGUGAUAUUGUCACUCUGCUCUCAACAUGGGCCCCUUGACAUCCAACAACGAUCUCUUGCCCAGGGUCGUCUACUUCGUGUCUUGCCACGUCUGUCUGCCUUGAAUUUCCGCACCCUCACCUCGACCGACUUUACCGACCUGAACGCGAGGUACGCCAACAUAAAUAGUAAUGCUGGACUGCUGCACUUCGCUGCUUUGCAUAUGAUCGACAAGGAGGACCUGUUAAUGCACCUCAACCUCAUCGACUUCUUCGAAGCUCUCCUAAGUAUACAACGCAUCACCCCGUUCUCCGCCCAAAAGAUCGACACCCUAAAGCAACUUGUGAGAGAAGCUACCGAGCAAGAUAAUGUCUUGAAGGCAGCGAUUCGGAGUCUACCUGAGCGUACGGUGCCCGAGGAAGCAGAAGACCUCGGUCGGUUUGUUGAGCAGGUCCUAGACUUGCAAUAGCGAUGAAGGAGUAUUCAGGUUUGAAAGCAAUGAGAUUUAUUACACCUUGAUUCAGGGGCAUUUUUUCCAGCACUGCUGAUAUAUCAUUGUCACGUGAGCUCCAUGGCCGUAGUGUACAUAUUCAGUCUAAUGUCACGUUCAGUAUUCCUUUACGCAAACAUCUUGUAAUUAAACAGUCUAUAAUUCGCGUGCUGAGAGUAUUGUAUUGUACAUAGGGUAGUUUUAUCGCCUGUAAUACUAAUAAAUACCCCAAGACCAGUG